AUGGAUCUCCUGCUCAUGAUUUUGCUCCUCACUCUCAUCCCGGAGAUUUUUGGGAAGCUGAAUAUUCCUCUUACAGGAACUAACCUGGGACUGAGACCUUCAGCCGAUCUUCAUGGACACAAUCCAUCCCAGACAAUGAAACCAGCCCUUUAUAUAAUGCAGCUCUACCAAACUCUCAUCACAGGGAACGACAGAGACCUCCCAAUCCUGGAACGCUCCAUCAUCUGGGAAUCGGAUCCCGUCCUGAGUCUCAUUCCAAAAAGUUGCACUGAAAGAGAUAAUGGCUGGAAAUUUAUUUUUGACAUGACGUCUAUCUCCAGCAGCACUCAGCUGAGGUUGGCGGAGUUACGAAUCCCCAGUUCGUCUUUUGAAAAUGUCAAAGUGGAAAUCUAUCAUGCCAAGGAAGACCAGAAGGGGGUCUUCAUAGGAUCUUUAAAUCAUUUUUCUCCUCAUGAACUAGAGUCAUCCUGGAAGGUUUUCAAUGUCACCAAGAUGCUCCAGAACUAUCUCCAUCAUGCUGAGAAGAACAACAUCCAAGAAGAUACAAAGGAUGUGCCGGAGAGAGGAGACGAGAGCAGCUGUAUGGGAGAGACAGCUAAAAGAGUGAGGCUGUUAGUGUUUGCCAAGGACAACUCCUCUCCUGAUGCUGACGGGUCUUCCAGCCUCAUCAAGACAGUGGAGACCUCUAAAUACACCAGAUCGGUCAAUGAGGUCUCCAGAAUAUCUGUCAGUAGGAGGAGAACUAGGAAUGCCCAUAACCCCUCCAUGCCGGUGGGAGACGGGAAGACUCUGUGCAGAAGGGUGGACAUGUUUGUGGACUUUGAGAAGAUUGGAUGGGGAAACCAGAUCAUCUCUCCCAAGCGAUACAACGCAUACAGGUGUGAAGGAGCUUGUCCUCUUCCACUAAAUGACUCCUUCAAGCCAACCAACCAUGCCUACGUACAGAGUUUGGCCCAUCUGAACGCCCCCCACACAGUGAGUUGUCCUUCCUGUCUCCCCGUGAAGCUGAGCCCCAUGUCCAUGUUACAGAUCGAGGGGGGAAGAAUUGUUUUACACAAACAUGAAGAUAUGGUGGUUGAGGAAUGUGGCUGCAGAUGACGACGAGUCCU